AUGGCCACCAAGUCUAAAGCCUUUAAUGACAGCGCGUCUCACGUCUCCAACCCACCUCCCUCCUAUGAUGCAUUUUCUAGCGUGUUCGUAUCAGCAGACUCCGUCCAGUGCAAACGACCGUUAUUUUCAUUCCCACAAUCCAAGCAAAAACGUCGUGCCACGGCUCUCUCUCACAUCCGUGAAAUUGUCUCCUAUCCUGAUUUAAACCCUACCUCUGUCGAGUCAAUUGUCAACUCCUGCGCCGCUACUCUCUCAGCAGCAAAUUUUUCCGACCUCGUGCAACAACUCAAUUUCGAGGGUCACACGGCGCUGUAUUGGGCGGUCAUAAACAACCGACGAGCCGCCCUUUGGGCGUUUAAGAAUUUCAUUUCUGAAUUCUCGCCCGCGUGCACUUCCGACUUGCGUCGUGCAUGCAUGGCACUUAACGACCAUGAUCUGUUUAUGCAGCUGAAUUUGGGGCGCACUGUCAAUACUGGGGAUAAGUCUUUCAGAUGUAUGUUAGGUUGCCCACAAGACAAGAUUGAUGUCUUUCAACAUGGGCUGCCAGAGGGAAUGGUGGGAAGUUGUCCGCUCAGUGAUAUCGAAGUGCAUAAACUGGACGAAAACUACUUCUUUGCUGCUGUCACCUUCAGGAUGUUCCAUAUACGCCUGCGUACCAUACAGACAUUGGCAGCGGAAUUUAUUGCCCGGGGACGUAUAUGGAUGUUGGAAUUUUACAUAGGAACAGAUGCAAAGUGGCACAUUGAACUUCGUCUUUCUGACCAUAGCAUGGGAGUAGUACAUCCGGACGCCACACUUUCGAUAAUGGCCCACAGGCCACAGCCUGGCUCGGACACCCCACAGCAUCUAGUUUUAGAUAUGAGACAUCCAUCGGACACACUUGUGCCUAAGGGGUGA